UCUAUCUCGUUUCUUCACGUAUUUGUUUCGUUAGUUUCGUACUUUAGUAGUAUUUCUGAAGUUAACUUAGUUUGUCGUAUCUUACAGCGACAUUACGAAAUUUGUUUAUUAUUGUAAAGUGACAAUUUAUUUACUUCAAAAUAAUGUAGUUGGUACAAGGAUUUCUGUAGUGAUGUGAUAUUUGGAGUUGAGACUAUAGUAUAUAUCUACUUUAAGAUGUAUUCUGAGGCUGUUUUUUGGACUGUUUUGGUUUUGAUAUGCGUUGCGGAGGCGGGGAUGAUGGGUGAUCAGUGCGACUGGACUGGCAGUGGCUUAACAUCGAGCGCAGAGAGAAGCGUGACUCCAGUUUACCUUCGGUGCCGCGAAGGUAGCGUCUCGUGGCUCUACCCUCGUGGAGCUCUGCGCCUUUUAUUCCGCCCAUCCCUGCCGGGUGAUGAGCGCGACUUCAAAGUCUGUGUGCGGGUGAUACGACGUCCUGAUCCACCAGACCUCUUCCAUACUCUACGAUUCAAUGAAACAGAAUCCCCUGAGCGCUUUCCAGCACGUUUGUUCGUGGAAGGUACUCGGAAGUUGGUACCCUUGUACGCGCCGGACGACGGUGAUCCCCGCGAACUUCGUUGUUUUCGAAGUAGACGAGGUCGAGCCGCUCUUUACGUUGAGGCUGAACCUGAAGACGGACCAAAGAGACGAGUGGCCACCUUCAGAUACGAGGCCCGGCCAAUAGUACGGCGCCAUUACGAUCCCGCUACUGCUGAUUGUCGACCCUGCUCGGACUCUGAGAUGGAACUCGCUUUCUGCACUAGUGAUCUCGUGUCCCGAGGCGUGAUUAUAAGCAGCGAACAGCGUGAAGACUUGGACACCACACAGCUGACGGUCAAACUGACCAAACUGAUACGCGCCACUGGUCAUAGUGACCAGCACAAGGAUGCCACACAAGGCGUUGGCGAUGAUGACUACUAUAGGUAUGAAGUGGAUAAUGUCCUAGAACGCAGCACGCACCGCAAGAGUGCGCGGCGGCGAUCACGCAGCGUGCGCGACCGUGCGCUACACGCGCACGUCCACGUGGCGGCCGCAUGCGGCGCGGCGGCCGGCGCUGGCGAGUUUCUCGUGAUGGCACGCCGCCGCCUCGGGAGGUACUCGCUAGUCUGUGCACCGCGCCUGCACCAGUGGGAACAGCUCGUCCGCAGGAGAAACUCAGAUGGCACUGCGCACUGCUUACUGCAAUAUUGAAUGAAGGUGGGCGGGGAGAGGGACAGAGCACAGUAACUGUUGAACAUUGAAGCCGCGAUGACAAUUUUGCAGGCAAAAUUUUACAUCGCAAAACGCUGCAGGUCGGUAGUUUACAUGCUAGUUUUCAGUGCUAGUUUCUCGCGCAUAUGUUUCGAGUUCAAGUUUCGACAGGCUGCGGAUAGGUGAAAAUUGUCGCCAUGUAAAUAUGCCAACUAGCCCGUAACAUACUAGUAUUAUUAUGCCAUACGACAGAAUCGAAAUUCGAUUCUGAAUACAGUUGGUUAAUUCGUUUGUCUACCACGAAAAGUCAACGUUCGCUAUAGUCCAUCAAUUUCAUAUGUGCUGACUGUGAUGUGACAGAUAGUGGUGCGCGCAUACUUUCCAUGAACAUCUUAUAUUUUCUUUUUUAAGGGAAUGCCUCGCAUGAAGGUGAUAGGCUAUAGUUUUGUUCUCCGCACGGUUUGAAUAUUUCUUAAAAAUUAUGUAGUGUAAUGAUGGAAUUGUAUUAUAAAGAAUGUGGUACGAACAUGUUUUGAGUUUCUAUUAGAAAUUUAUUGAUGGUGAUAAUAUUUAUAUUUUAAAAAAGUUAUAUUAAGCUGUAAGAUUAAUGUUACUUGUAAAAAUUAAAUCAGAAUUUGAAUAUCUACCUAGUUCUAAAUAAAUUUUUAUCUUUUCCUAAUAUAUAAUUGACAUUGUCUUUAAAAGUAAACGAGUUGCAGUUUUCAACAAUCAGAAACUUUUCUGUAACGAAUUAUCUUAAAGUAUCAUAUUUUGAAUAUGCUUUAGUUUGACUAUAGUUUUUUCUCUAUCAAAGAAUAAAAUGUACUAUUUACCUUAAAAGUAUUAAAAAAGAAAUAAUGUUCAAUAUCCUAUUAAGAAGUAAGAUAAUAUAAUAUUUGUGCUUGCCAUAACUUAGCUUGCGUUUCAAUGCAAUUUUGUACAAACAAAUUAUAUUUAUCAUUUAAAUGUUUAUAUAUUUUAUUGUAAAUCAUAAUGUGGUCCAGAGUGCCAAAAUUAAUACAGAUCUUCAUAAGUAGUUGUAAGGUUGAUCUCAUCUCUGUACAUAUUAUAAUGUUUAAUUUUAGAGCAAUAUUUUGAUAGCCAUAUUAGUGUAGUACCUCUAUUCAUAGUUUGAUAUCUAUCUUCUUGAUAUAAUAUCUGCUGCACAACUAUACGAUAUAGUCGAUUUAUUUCUUAUAUUAUAUUUAUAGAUUCUUCUUGAUAUAUUUAACAAAUAAUAAUGACAUGAACAAUUUAUUAAACUAAGAAAAAAAACAUAUUAAAGUCCUUUGGUGCUAUCAGAAUAUAAUGGAUAAAAUAUUUUGAGUGCUUCCAUGUAUACUAUAUAUAGAACUAUGUACAUAUAAAAAGUUGGUCUAAUAAUGCACAGUUUAGAAUGUUAUAAAAAAAAAAAACAGAUGUUUUAACUCUUCAGGUUCAUGUGAAACUGUGUGAAAAUGUGUUAUCAGUAAGUAUAAUAAAAUAAAUCUUACAACAUUGUACACUAAGUUUAAACAGGUACCUAUAAUACGAAUCGGAACUGUCGCACUUAUUUCGAGCAAUAAAUUAUAUGUAGGCGACAGAUUAUACACAUCUCUGAUGAAAAUUACAAUCGAUUAAAUAGAUUAAAUCAUAUUUUAACUGUGUUUUCGUGGUCAACUAUAUAGUAUGCUUAUGCUUAAAAUGUAUAAAUAUUUGUGUUAUAUUUUACCGAUUUCAACAUAUUGUACAGCUGUUAUGCGACUCAAUUACCACUUUAUAAUAUGUGCCUACAUAAUAUAUACUAUGCUUAUAUGACUUUGUGAAUAUUAUUAGUAUAUAGUUUUUUUUUGUAUAAAACUACGUUAGUUGUCGAUAUGUGAUAUAGAAUACAACGAUAUUUUAUCCAAGAUGUGUCUAUUGUAUAUAAACAAAUUAAUAUUGACAUUUUAUAAUGUUAAACUUAUAUACCUAUAAGAACAAACUGUUGAAUAAAAUAGUUUCAAACUUA